AUGUCUUCAUACUUUGACGUCCUCUCUUGGACCCGAGCUCGCAAGAAUAAAGAAGCGCUGGAGAAAACCAACCCUCAGAACCCUGUUCUCAAUGACGAUGACGAACAGUUUCUGCAAAGGAUUACUAGUCAAGAGGCUCCUGCCCCUCCACUGCCCACCAUCGAGCCUACAGUGAUUGAUGAUGAAGGCAACGAGAAGAAAGCAGAUGAGACGCAAAAGGAAGCUGCUGAGAUGAUCUUGCCGGCAAGUCCUGGUGAGGAGAAAGAGAAGAGGACGUGGGCGAGUUAUAUUCCUAGUGUCGGUGUGCCUUCAGAGACUGACGACUCCAAAACCAAAGAGGAGACUGAUGACUCUACACCAAAGGAGGAGACUGACGACCCCAAGUCUCAAACCACAGACUCAAAAGACGACAAGCCCACCGAACCCACCCAACGCACCUGGGCAUCCUACAUCCCUUCAGUCCCCACUUUCGGCCUCGGCAACACAAAAGCGCAAGACACAGCCGAAGCAGCGGCAAAGGCUCAGUCGCCAGAGUCCAAAGAACAAGACGAACGCGAAGUCUCCGUCCUACUCGACCGCCUCAAUCUCUCCGCCAUCAACAACCGCGUCUUCAGUUUCAGCGACCAGUCCCAACGCCUCUACUCUGAAUUCACCUUGAUCCUCAAAGACAUUGUCAAUGGCGCACCCACAGCAUGGGAAGACCUCGAAACCCUGCUCAAAGAGAAUGAAAAACAUCUCGAGCAGAUGUUCAAAAAUAUGCCUCCUUUUGUGCAGACACUGGUAAAGUCUUUGCCUGCUAAAUUUGCUUCAUCGAUGGGACCAGAAAUCAUGGCAAUGGCCGGAGACAAACCUGGCAAUGACCUCAAGAAACAGAUGGAAGCUGCCAGCACUGCUUCUUCCUCAGCCUCAGCCUCAGCAGCAAACCCUUACCUCAAGAACAAAAAGCAGAAGAGAAAAGUCCCAAACAUCAAGGAUUUGGCUUCUUCCAAAGGAACGGUCACGAGUAUGUUGACCAACAUCGUCAACUUCCUCAAGGUUAGAUUCCCAGCAUUCGUCACUGGUACCAAUGUGGUUAUGAGUUUGGCUGUGUUCAUCCUCCUCUUCGUCUUCUGGUACUGCCACAAACGCGGCAAACAAGUCCGCAUGCUCCGCGAAUCCGAAUCUGCAAAAGCGUCCGCCAAUGCCUCUGAAGUCGAAACCUCUGCCUCGGAAGACGAAGGCGCAGACGAAAAGCCAGCACCACAAGAGAACGAUUUCAACAUCGACGAAAAACAAGAAACAGCUCAAGUGGAAGCAGAAGCAGAAUCAGACGAAGAAGAAAUCAAAAUUGCGAAUGCCAAGGCGUAUGCGGCUGCUAUGCAUAGAGCUGCUGUGGGAGGUCCUGAUAAUGCUGCUGCGAUGAGGGCCAAGAAGAUUUUGGAGUCGUGA